AUGGCUCAUUCGUUAAAGCGCGAAUUUACUGACCGGCAGGUCCGUGGUUCGAACUCGACCUCUGCAUUUCGACCCCUCUUGUCUAGGCUUGUGCAACCUGGAGGUAUCCCAGCCCUCGCGCUUCCCUCGGGUGGCAUGGUCCGUGGUUCGAACUCGACCUCUGCAUUUCGACCCCUCUUGUCUAGGCUUGUGCAACCUGGAGGUAUCCCAGCCCUCGCGCUUCCCUCGGGUGGCAUGGUAGCUACGCACCGAAAUAAUAAAGCGUCACACACCAAGAAACGGCGACGUGAUGAACAACCGGAUAUGCCGGAGUUACCCCUUGCCGACCCUCUUCGUGACUCAGUCAAUCUUGAGUUACCGGAUUUGGUGCAUAUCGCUGGAGUAGAUCUGGAUCUUUUCGAUAUGAUGCAGACUUCCUUGUAUCAAGCGCGUGUUGAAGAUAUCACCUUGAUGGAAGAAAACGUCAAUCUGAUUCCUGUCAGCAACCUGACUUUUGGGGAGGAAUUGGCUUUCUCUUCAGGGAUGGAUCUCAUCCAGCUUACUGACAAUGAUGUGGCGAUUCGUGCUGCUGCAACGGACAAAGUGGCAUCAUUAUCUCCAGAAGAAUCACGCCGACGUCCACUUUGUGACGUUGAUCAGGUGGUGGAACCAGAGGCCAAAAUUCCACGAGUCCAAUCAGCUGUGCUUGGCACUGUGACAGAAAUCGAGGAGCCCAGGUUGCUCCCUGCGGAUCCUUCAGUGUAUGCUAUACCAGACCAAGAUCAAAUCACCCUGGGUGAAUUGAAUGCUUUUCAAUCAAACGGCACCUUCCGAGCAUUGGACGGAACGGUUGUCGGUCCAUCAGGUGUGACUUCAGUUGAGAGUCGUGCGCUUCAACUCAACCGCAUAUUAGUGGAUUGGCACUCGCAACCUAGAAUUACGUUUGGAAGCCCUACCGUCUUGCUCCCAUUAUUGGGAGCGACAUGGCUAGAGCGCGAAUUUACUGACCGGAAGGUCCGUGGUUCGGACCCGACCUUUGCUUUUCGACUUCCUCUGUCUAGGCUUGCGCAACCCAAUACCGCCCUCGUGCUUCCUUCUGGUGGUAUAACAGCUAGGCACCGAAAGGGUGCUAUAGUCGAAUGA